AUGGCAAAUUGUAUUGAUACAAUUAAAGCUAUAAUUACACGUUUAGUAUUCGGUGGACAUGGUUUUGUGGCAAUAUGGCAAGUGACUUAUUUUAAAAAGAAUCCAUUAUAUUGGUAUUUAAGUACACCAAUGUUAUUGUUGUUUUUCGAAGGAAUAUUUACAUUAACAAUUAAGAAAAUCAAGAAUGGAAAUGCCGUGGAUAAAGUCUGGUUUUGCCCAUCAGUAUUUUUAUACUUAAGCAGUGUUGUACCUGCAAUAUGGCUAUUAGAAUUGGAUAAAGUGGAUAAACGUUUACAAAUCCGUGAGGAAACUUUAAAUUUAACAGCGACUGCAGACUUAAAAGAACUUCAUAAAUUACUUGGUGUACAAUUUCCGGUAAAAUUUCCUGAAAUUAAUUUAAAUACUGAAACAUGGGUCACAUUAAUUGAACAAUUUUUAAUGCUUAUAUUAAUUAUUGGACGAUGGAUGCUUCCGAAAGGUGACUUAACACGUGAUCAAUUAAGUCAAUUACUGUUAGUUUACAUAGGUACAGCAGCAGAUAUUAUCGAAUUUUUCGAUUCAUUUAAAGACGAAAAAAUCGCAUCUGAGCAACUCUUGGUUAUGUUAACAUUAGGAAUUUGGUCUUGGAGCUUAAUGCAAUUUACAGUGGUUUUAACUGCAACAAAGUCAAGGAAAUCACGUUUAAGUUCUAAUGGUGCAAUGAACGCUGAAAUUGCGAAUUGUUGCUGUUGUAACAUCGAUGUAUGGGGUAUAGCAUUGAAUAUAAUUCUACAGGAUGCACCAUUUUUAGCGUUUCGAUUAUUAAUCAUCAUCCAUUAUGAGAUAAUCAGUUACAUGAAUGUAUUUUUUACAUGUAAAAAUACACUUGUUAUAUUAUUACAAUUAUAUCGUUUAUAUGUUGUAUACAGCGAAAAUCAUCAACCAAAAUCCUCCAAACAACGAUCUAAACGUGAUUUUGAAUUAUCAACAAUAUCAAUUAUUGCUAAAUCACAUUUGGAUAGUAACAUUGGUAACAAUCCACAUUGUAAACGUGUUAAUAAACAACGUGUAAUCGCUGAUAAAGAUGCAAUACGUGCAAUUAAAAAUUAUAUUAUUGAAUCAGAUAAAUCAAGUGGUUACGAGAAACGUAGCCAAAUACAUAAAGGCCGGUCUAGAAGUGGUAUCAAUCAAGAGGGAAUUGUUUUGACACGAAAUCGUAAAAUAUUGAAAGUAAAUCGUAAGAAUAAAACGGAAAAUCAAUCGACUAAAAUGUAA